AUGUGUCUUUCUCACUAUUAUUGCAUCUAUUCCAGAGUUAAUUACAAUGAGCCAUGGUUUAGGGAUAUAAAGGAGCACUUUAGAGGUUGGCCAAAUCAAGAUUUGAAGCCUCCUUUGAUACUCACUUAUAUGUGCCAAUGUGGCUUCUACAUCUAUAGCAUUGCUGCCCUCCUUACCUGGGGAACAAGGCGGAAAGAUUUCUCUGUUAUGAUGUCACAUCAUGUUGUCACUGUUAUUCUGAUUGCUUACUCAUACAUGGCAAGGUUCUUUCGGAUAGGUGCAGUCACCCUUGCACUGCAUGAUGCAAGUGAUGUAUUUCUUGAAGCUGCGAAAGUUUUUAAAUAUUAUGAAAAUGAGCUUGGAGCUAGUGUGUGCUUUGGUUUGUUUGCCAUCUCAUGGUUUACUCUAAGGCUGAAGCACACGAUAUGCUCUUGGACAUCUGAUUUGGAUACUUGCUACACCAGAAUAGUAUUUCACAUGAUUCAGAGGAUGACGACUAGUCAGAAAAUGAUGCUCAAGUUCUUUAAUGUUAGCUUGGCAAAAUUGCUCUUGAUUUGA